GUAGCGGAGGGUCCAGAGGCUCGGACCACACGGUGAUCUGAGGCUCAUCUCCCCCGCUCAUGCACUCCCGAUGUAAGGGCGUUCGAAUGUGAGGGACACAGAGCCCUGACCCACAUUGGACACCCAGUUAAUGUCACCUGUCGUUACUGUCACUUAUCCAGGAGGCCUUCCUGACAGCGCCUCAUUUCAGACCCUUUCCACUGCCUGAUUUUCGUUCCCAGCCUGGGUCACCAUUAUGUUUUUACUUUCUUGCUUCCGCUGUCUUUCGUUGUCUGCCACGGGUAACGUUGGCUCAGCGAGUUCGUGAGUGAACGAAUGCAGUACACUGCUGCACUAAUUCGUUUCUGCCCGGCCUGUGUCACACCUGCUCCUGGUGCACAUGCUUCGUAUUUAUUAAUGUCCGAGGAGCUUCCAGAAGGAAAGGAUCAGCCUGGCGCCAGGGCGAGCGGGCCGCCACGGGACAAUGACGUGUCGCCCGGACUGUCCGCCUGGGGACCCAAGCAGGACCGCGGAAGCUGAGAUCUAACUGCAGCCAUGAGCAGCAAUGAGUGCUUCAAGUGUGGACGAACUGGCCACUGGGCCCGGGAAUGCCCUACUGGUGGAGGUCGUGGUCGUGGAAUGAGAAGCCGUGGCAGAGGUGGUUUUACCUCGGAUAGAGGUUUCCAGUUUGUUUCCUCAUCUCUUCCAGACAUCUGUUACCGCUGUGGUGAGUCUGGUCAUCUUGCCAAGGAUUGUGAUCUUCAGGAAGAUGAAGCCUGCUAUAACUGCGGUAGAGGUGGCCACAUUGCCAAGGACUGCAAGGAGCCGAAGAGAGAGCGAGAGCAGUGCUGCUACAACUGUGGCAAACCAGGCCAUCUGGCUCGCGACUGUGACCAUGCGGAUGAGCAGAAGUGCUAUUCUUGUGGAGAGUUUGGACAUAUUCAGAAAGACUGCACCAAAGUGAAGUGUUAUAGGUGUGGUGAGACUGGUCACGUAGCCAUCAAUUGCAGCAAGACAAGUGAAGUCAACUGUUACCGCUGUGGCGAGUCAGGGCAUCUUGCACGGGAAUGCACAAUUGAGGCCACAGCCUAAUUAUUUUCCUUUGUCGCCCCUCCUUUUUCUGAUUGAUGGUUGUAUUAUUUUCUCUGAAUCCUCUUCACUGGCCAAAGGUUGGCAGACAGAGGCUACUCCCAGGCCAGUGAGCUUUACUUGCCGUGUAAAAGGAGGAAAGGGGUGGAAAAAACCGAUUUUUCUGCAUUUAACUACAAAAAGUUUAUGUUUAGUUUGGUAGAGGUGUUAUGUAUAAUGCUUUGUUAAAGAACCCCCUUUCCGUGCCACUGGUGAAUAGGGAUUGACGAAUGGGAAGAAUUGUCCGACCGGUAAGCCCAUCCUGGGCUUCUUGAAUAUGUUCCCAUGUAGGAGGUAAAACCAAUUCUGGAAGUGUCUGAACUUCCUUGGAUAACUUUUAAUUUUAGCAUAAUGAUGGCCUUGGAUUAUCUGACCUCAGUAGCUGUUAAAUAACAUCAAGUAACAUCUGUAUCAGGCCUUCAUAGAACAUACAGUUGAGUGGGAGUAAACAAAAAAGACUAAACGUGCGCACUAAUGGCUAUGCGAGAGAACUCGGGAUAGACGCCUAGACAGGAACACCUUCAUCACAGCGUUGGUGGUGAACAUACAAAUGGGGAUGGCAAAGGUUUAGAACAGUUUUUCAAAGACUAAAUCUAAAACCCAGAGUAAACAUUGAUGCUCAGAGUUAGCAUAAUUUGGAGCUAUUCAGGAAUUGCAGAGAAAUGCAUUUUCACAGAAAUCAAGAUGUUAUUUUUGUAUACUAUAUCACUUAGACAACUGUUUCAUUUGCUGUAAUCAGUUUUUAAAAGUCAGAUGGAAAAAGCAACUGAAGUCCUAGAAAAUAGAAAAUGUAAUUUUAAACUAUUCCAAUAAAGCUGGAGGAGGAA